AUGCCAAGAAGUACAAACUCUGUUCAACAAACUCGGUGUUCCCUCAGCACCAACGACGUGGUGAGCUCCGGCCUGGUCCCUUCGAGCCGCGAGGUCUUCUACGAGCUGCGGUCACGGAGGAGCGUCUGCGGCACGAGGCUGCGGUGCGGGAACGAGAAGUGCAUCGACAGGGCGCGGGCGUGCGACGGCGUCGACGACUGCGGCGACAACACGGAUGAGAGACAGUGCCGCGCGCCCAUGAAGUACGAGACGAGGCUUGUGGGCGGGGUGGGCGCGCACGAAGGCAAUAUACAGAUCAAGGUGGGCGGCGAGUGGCGUUGGGUGUGUGACGACGGCUUCGGCUUCGAAUCGGCGGAUAUUCUGUGCCGCGACCUCGGCUUCUCCGGCGCAGAGACUUUCACGCGCAACAACCGAUUCGGAAACAGUGACAAUAGUCUGCGUCGGAGUGAACCCAAGUUCUGGCUGGACAAAGUGUCUUGUUCGGGUCGCGAGGGAACCUUCUUCGACUGCCCCAACAGCGGCCUCGGAGUCCACAACUGCGGCCCAACGGAGAUCGCGGGUGCCGUGUGCCGAACCAGCGCCUCCUUAUGUGACGUGGACAAGUUCCUGUGUGGCUCCGCUCGCCUCCACACCUGCAUUCCGAGGAACCAGGUGUGUGAUGGCUCCAAGGACUGCUUCGACGGCAGCGACGAGGCGGAUGAGCUCUGCGACGACGUGGGCGUGACGCGACUCGAGACGAAGACGGAGGUGCUGAAGGACACGACGUCGGGCACCGUCUUCGUCAAGCACCAGGGCCGAUGGGGCACCGUGUGCGAUGACGCCUUCGACGAUAAGCAGGCGAAGGUGAUAUGCCGCAGCCUGGGUUACGACGGUGGAUGGGCGGUGCCAUACCCGCGGGCGUUCUUUGGGCGUGGCGUCGGCGAGGUCCUCGUGGACGAACCGGAGUGCAAGGGUCACGAGUCCUGGGUGGGCGCCUGCAGUGGCCUGGUUUGGGGCGUGACGGAUUGUGACCAUACAGAAGACGUGGGCGUACUGUGCUCUGAUCAGCUGGAGCUUCGUCUGACUGGAGGCCCGACGAAGAGCCAGGGCCGCGUGGAGGUGAAGCUGGCGGGCAAGUGGGGGACGGUGUGCGACGAUGACUUCGACGACUACGACGCUCAGGUCGUGUGUCGGAUGCUAGGUUACCAAGGCGACGCCGUGGCUCACAAGAACGCGCGUUUUGGCCGUGGCUCCGGACCCGUCUGGCUGGACUCCCUGGACUGCACGGGCGAGGAGUCCGACCUCAGGCUGUGCAAGAAGUCGCCUCCGGGAGCCUCGGACUGCGUGCACUCCGAGGACGCGGCGGUAUCGUGUUACGGAACCAGACGCGGCUUGGUGAAUCGCGGAUUGCAGACAGCCCUUCCCGACGGCUGCGGCAAGACCACUGACUCCUCCUCCUCCUCCUUCCUCGUCGACAACUUCGCCAAGAUUGUGGGCGGAGCUUCGCAGACGUCUCUCGAAAAUCCUUGGCUCGUCUCGCUUCAGCUUCGAGAGGAGGGCCGCCUCAAGCACAACUGCGGCGGCGUCGUCAUAGCAGAAGACUACGUACUAACGGCGGCACACUGCUUCAAGAUUCACGGUUCAUCCAGCUACGUGGUUCGCGUUGGUGACUACAAGAUGAACGCCAGGGAGGACGCGCAGGAGGACUUCCAGAUCGAAAAGCUUUGGGUUCAUGACGAGUUCGACACGACCGUGGAAUUCAACAACGACAUCGCCGUUCUGAAGGUGGCCAGGAAGAACGGAAGAGGAAUAAGGUUCGGCAGGAGCGUGCAGCCCGUGUGUCUUCCUGAGGAGAACGCUCGCUACACGUCCCUCUCUGGCUGCAGUAUCUCCGGCUGGGGGACGACGUCGGAGAGAGCGCCGCCCAUCCCGCAGAACAUCCCGAGGUCAGGCGAGGUGCAGGUGUACGACAUGUCGGUGUGCACGGGCCCGGACAGGUACGGCCAAUUCGAGGUCACUUCGGGCAUGGUGUGCGCCGGCCACCUCGACGGCCGAAUCGACACGUGCACGGGCGACUCCGGGGGCCCUCUCACGUGCGUGUCGAACGGGCGGCACGUGCUGUACGGCAUCACGUCCUGGGGCAAGGGGUGCGGGCGCAGAGGGCAGCCGGGCAUGUACACCAAGAUCACCAAGUUCCUACGCUGGAUCCACGACAUCGUUGUGUGAGCGAGGAAAGGGUUCUGACGCUCGAGGUUCUUCUGCGAGGUUCUUCUCCGGAUCUCUUCGAGUGGCGCUCAGAAAGACGGGAAAGGCGACCCUUGUUGGGGGAGGACACUUGGCGCUGGCGAAGGACUAGGGUGUUUGAGGUGUUCCCGUGUGACGAAGCAAAGCUAGACUUUGAUCCUGAAUAUUGUGAAGGAUGAAGAACCAUGUAUACUUUAAGUUAGUGAGUGGUUGGCCUUGUAUAUGGGAGCGUUAUAACAGCACCAGAACAUUGUGAUAUGAUUAGUUCAAAUGUGAACAAAGUAGCAUUCUUUACUAAAUAACUAUACUGAAAAAAUGUGUAAUGUGGAGACGGUGCAUUAAGAAAUAAACUUUACUAGUGAAAUACAGACCGCAAAUGUACCACCAUAAUGUGCAAUGAGUGUUGUAAAUCCCUUAUGGUGUACUCUAAAGAUAUCCCAGUAUUAUGAUGCAUUAGCGAACAUGGGCAUUUAAAAGCAGCGACUGAAGACUAGACGUGGAACUAAAUAAUAUUUCUGUUUCUUUUGAAGUGGUGACAAGUAACCUUCUUGACACCACGAAGAAAUCUUACUAUUUUUAGAUCACCGGUUCUCCUCCUUCCGCGAUAGAAAUUACGAAAUACAUGAGUGAAAUGAACAUUAAGUGCCCGCGAGUUCUCGUCAUGUAUCGGCCAGUACAGAGAGUAUGUGACGUUACUCCUUAUAUCCUGUUGGUUACUCUUUAACAGCUCAUUUCUCCAGCAAUCCAUUCGUCCACGUCUCGACAGGAACUGUUGUGCGUGGAAUACUCUUCUGAUGUCAUUCAUAACAUCAUUGUGAACGUGUACCUUGGUGUUUGUUUGUCUUCUUCCUCAAAACGACGCUUGGAUAUAUAUAUGUGUAUGCGGCGUUCAUCGCGUGUGUUUAUUUAUGAACACGUCGUUGCAAUAUAGACAACAGGGAGACUUUAGGUCGAAGGUUGUUUUCGUUUAUACUGUUUGUUUUAGUCUCUCUCUCUCUAUCUAUCUAUCUCUCAUCUUCUUUGUCUCACUCAUAUAUAAUUUAAGCAUCUUGUUCCAGAUUUCUGUGAUUUCAGUCUUUCUUCAAUGUCUUUCAAAGUUGGUCAUAUAUUUAUCAUUUGUGUAGGAUCUUAAUUUACGCGCGGAUUAAUUAUACAUCGUAUAUUUAAUGCUCAUCCUUCCUUUAUUUACGUGCUGUCUUUUUCUGUGGAUAAAAUCAAAUUGAAUAACUGUCAUUUCUUGGUUUAGGAAAACAGAUUGAUUUAUCCUUCAAGUAUUCUCAGAAAAAUUUAGUAGUGGAAAUACAGACUUUGUUAUUACCAAUUCUUGUCUUAUCAUAAUUAAUUUUCACGAUAUCAAGCAAUACACAUGUUUCAUUUUUAUAUGUAAUGGAAAAGCUAUGUGUCAUAUAGCUGCCAAAGAAUGCAUUUUCUGUGUGUUUUAUUAUUACUUUUUUAAAGUUCGGUACACAUUUUGUAUACAUUUUGUCUCAGUUGUAUGUGAAAAAAAAAUAAUGAUACCUUUUUAUUUGAAGAGAAAAAAAUAAUUAUUCGUCUUGAUAUUGAAGACGACAUAAUGAAGAAAUUUUCUUUGAAUGUUUUAGAAAGAGAAUGUGAUUCUGUCAAUCAUAAUUAUGACGAAUGUAUCUUAGAAUGUUUUAGAAAAAGAAGCGAUUUUUUAAUGAUGGUUUGUUCCGUUAUGACUCAGGAUGUUGUUGGGCAUUUGUUCAUGCUGAUGUUCUGCGUGUUAAUGAUAACACUUGCAGAACACCAUUUCUUUGUUAUUGUUAAACUCACUGUCAUGAUGGACACGGUGUUGCCAUCACGUAGGUUUAAGAUUUUUGUUAUAACGAAUCGAACCCCGAGUUGUUUAUUUGUUUUAAUAAACAUGAACAUUUCUUUUUA